AUGGAGCGUGGGCUUCCAUGGGAUGUGAAAUGGCUCCAGGAUUGCGCAACACUGAGAUGCAAGCAGCAGAGACAGCCCGAGGCAGCAGUUCUUCUAGAAGAGGUGGCGAAGCGAACGCCACCACAUCCCGCAACUCUGAACAACCUGGGAACUGUGUACAACAUGAUGCGCGACCAUGAGAAGGCCCAGGAGUACUUCCUAGCCGCCCAGCAGGUUGCUGGACAUGAUGAACCGGACAAGGACGAUCUCUGGAACAUGGGCAUUGCCAAGAAGCAUCUGGGCCAUUACGAAGAGGCCCUGCCGAUGUUGCUCAAGGCACUGGAAGGUUGGAAAACGGAGGAACCUGACGACGAUGUGACCAUCGCAAAGCUGCAUGACACCGUGGGCAGCUGUUUUGACUUGAUGGGCCGCCAUGCAGAAGCAGUUGAACAGUUUGCCUCAGCUCGCUUGCUGUUUGGACGCAGCAUUGGAGCAGACAGCCCGCUUUAUGGCAGCGCUUGUGAGGGUUUGACCAAGGCGCUGCUGCAUGCAGGUCGAUAUGCUGAAGCGUUUGAUAGAUUGGAGGAAACCUUCCUCAACCACGCGCAGAAGGACGCAAUCCAUCCCACGCCCAUCUUUGAGCUUUUGGGGCUGGCGCUCGAGGAAUUUGUAGACCGAAGCGGCGUUGAUCCUUUGGAGCUGGUACGCCUCGAAGCCCCGAUGGAGAUAGCUGUCAAGAACAUGGUCUAUAGAGGCCUUGACAAAGAUGGCAAUGCUGGGGUGGUUUUCGAAAGAAUGGCACAAGUUCUUCUGCGUUGCAGCAUGGCUCAGGGAGACGAGGCUCGGCAGCGGAGCGCCGCACGACGCAGGGAGCUGGCCAGAAGCCUUCUAGGCCGGGCGGUGCCCCUGGUGGAAGAAACCACACGAUCAGGAGAAGCCGACCUCUCCCACAUCAGUGCCUUGAUCACUAUGGAGCUCCAGGUGUUGGAUGCUCAGGAGCAUGGCAUCUCUCCCGAAACCCCCAUCAGUUCUCUCGUCCCUGAGUGGCCAGAAGAUCUGCCGGGGGACAUGCCAGGUGCCCCGGCUGAACCCCUUCGACUUAGGCAUUGCUUCACGCACACCGGCGGCUUCUCGAACGCUCUGCCGACAGUCCACCCUGUGAGCUCGUUGCGUCCUGCUGAGCUCCGCAGACUUCGGAAGCGCCGGAGCGAAGCAGCGAAGCCGCCCUGUAACUUGAAAGAGCUGGUGGAGCGCGAGAGUUGCGAGCCGCACAUAUUCGCUCCCGGGCAGCACUUCAACUAUUGCGGCGUGGGCAGCCGGCUGGUUGCAAGAAUGGUGGAGGAAGUUUCGGGUCUGACCAUUUCAGAGUAUAUGCAGAAGCACAUUUGUGAACCUGCUGGAAUGACGGACACCGGGUUCUUCAUUGACGAGUCGCUGGCCGCAGACUGUGUUUCAACAGACUACCAUCCCUGGGUUCUUCAAGCUGUAGCUGAUGGCCUGUUUGGAUGCUGGGACCGCUGGAGGCUUCGUUGCCGCUCCAUUUAUGCAAGGUUGUGUGGCUGUGCACUCAUCGAUGAUUUGAAACCAGCUGGGACUGGAGUGAUAUCCCCGAUGAAGCUCUGGAAUAGGUCUUCGAAGCUGUACCAUCCCGAUGCAGGGCUUGUUGGGACGGGCUCUGACUUUGUGCGCUUCUUGCAGGUUCUGACCAGAGAUGCUUCUGAGGCGCCGGUGCUCAGUCCGUUCGUCUUGAAAGCCUUGGCUUCGCCCGUGACGGAGGAGCUCCAGGCACCGUUUGCGCUGGAUUCUGUCAGUGUGGAGAGGUUGUUUCCUGUUCGUGGCGAUCGGCUUCCCAGGCAGAAGCUGCUUCGACCUUUCAACAGUUUUCCAGGACAGAGAUUCUCGCUCGGAGCGUCCGUGAUCUGCGAGCCAAAAAAAGUCGCUCUGCCACCGCGAGCUGCGGGGACAUGGCAUUGGAUGGGUUUUGCUUCGACCUAUUUCUUCGUGAAUCCCAAGGAGGAGCUGGCCGCCUGCUUCCUCACGCAGCUCGUCUCUCACAGGACAUACCCGAUCCUCGACGAACUAGUGAAGGGUGUGCACGACGCACUCCUGUGA